AAUAUGUUGGAAGGACACAAAUUGAAUGCUCUCCCGCGGACGUUUUAUUACAUCCCUGAAUUCAUUACUCCAGAAGAAGAGGAUUUUCUGUGGAAACAUAUUUACAAUGCGCCGAUCCCAAAAUGGGUAGUUCUUAAAGCGCGUAGACUUCAAAAUUGGGGUGGAAUACCUCAUCCAAAAGGUAUGCUCACGGAAAAAAUACCCAAUUGGCUUCAACCAUUUAUGGAUCGUGUAUCCUCACUUGGAAUUUUCGGUGAGAAUAAAGCAAACCAUGCGUUGGUUAAUGAAUACCUGCCCGGUCAAGGCAUAUUCCCUCAUCAUGAUGGUCCUCUUUACUACCCUGCGGUUUCCACUAUCAAUCUUGGAUCCUAUGGAGUACUUGACUUUUACAAACCAGUGCAAGAUGACGCUGAUGAGGAACGGUAUAUCGGUUCGGUUCUGUUGGAGCCACGUAGUUUGAACAUCGUCACGGAUGAGCUAUAUACCUAUUAUAUGCAUGGAAUUGCCGAAGCAAGCACCGACCAAACGUCACUCGGUCCACGAACUCGAGAGACCCGAAUUUCAGUCACAAUUCGCCACGUUCCAGUUGUUUCCCGAUUGGAUGUGCGGACUCUACUCAAGAAAUCUUGA